UGAAGUUCUCUCUCUCGAUUUCAAAGCUUCAUCGCGAGAUAUAUGUUCCAACAAAUCCUCGUGGUGCAGAGUCCUUACCUCCAGCAAUUGUAGUCUCCCAGUCCACUUUUUAUUUGCGAAGGCUAUGGGGUGAACCCAGUGAGCCGAAAUACUUGGUAACAUUCACAGUUGGUUUGGAUCAGAGGAACAACAUUGAUGCAGCAGUGAAAAAGUUUUCUGAGGAUUUUCAAAUUAUGCUUUUUCAUUAUGAUGGCUGGACAAGUGAAUGGCAUCAAUUUGAGUGGUCAAAGAGGGCCAUCCAUGUCAGUAUUCAAAUGACCAUUAUAAGAUUUGCUACAAGUUGUGUUUCUGCUGAGUGGAAAAAAUUCAUCAAAAACAAGAGGAUGGAAGUUAUUGAGGAGUUGGUGGAAAAAAUUCAUCAGAUUGAGGAGUUGCCACUGCAAGAAUUUCAUGGCCACACUAGUGAUGUCUUGGAUCUGGCCUGGUCCAAAUCUAAUAUGGUGGGGAACUAUAAGCUUGGUGAUCUUGACCUGCAAAUAUGUCCGAUGAAUCUAUUCUGGAUGCUAUACUCAGUUUACAAGAUCCGUUAUCUUCUUCUUGCUAGAAUGUUACGAUUAAUUAGGCUCUUGAUGCAAGUCCAGCGGUACCGUGCCUUUGUUGCCACGUUUUUGACCCUCAUACCAAGUUUGAUGCCAUUUAUGGGCAUCAUAUUUUGCAUUCUAUGCAUCUAUUGCUCUCUUGGUUUACAGAUAUUUGGUGGUCUAGUCAAUGCUGGAAACCCAAAAUUAGAAGGAACAGAUCUUUCUGAUAAUGACUACCUACUUUUCAAUUUCAAUGACUACCCAAAUGGAAUGGUGACACUUUUCAAUUUACUAAUAAUGGGAAACUGACAAGCCUGGAUGCAGAGAGAUCUGAGCAGCUGGACUGGGAUACACGUCUAAAUAGCAUCAUGGGAGCUGCAAAAGGGCUGGCAUACUUGCACCAUGAUUGUUCCCCACGAAUUAUAUAUCAUGACAUAAAGUCAAGUAACAUUUUGCUUGAUGGGAAUUUUGAGGCUUGAGUAUCUGACUUUGGAUUAGCCAAAUUAUUAGAAGAUGAGGAAUCUCGCAUUACGACUAUUGUAGCUGGAACAUUUGGGUAUCUGGCUCCAG